AUGUCAACGCCGGCCCGGCGGCGGAGGCGUCCCCACCGACUUCCGGCUCUCCUCGGGACCCCGCACCUCGCGGUCGGAGGCACGCAAGUCGCCCGCUGGGCUGCGCCUGCGCUGGGCGAGCGAGCGCGCGGCGAGGCAGCAGCGCACCGUGCGCCUCCGCGACUCUACUACGGAGAGCUAGUCCCGGCGCGUAGCCGCCUCCGCCUCCGCGCGGCUCCCGCCGCCCCGACAGGCAGCGCCAGGAAAGGAGGGGGUUACCCGCGUCUCACUGGCUGGCUCCGAGCCGCGGCGCGCUCCAGGGCGGGGCGGGGGGCGGAGCCCCUCGUGGUCCCGCCUCCGCGGAGGGAUCCGGGCCACCGCGGCCCAAAACCCCGGGGCGAGUCGGCCGGGGCGUCUGAGCCGCUCGGCCUGCUGCGUCUGUCCGCGUUCCGGGCGGUCACCGGGCUCCUGCGCCGCGCGGCCGCCUCGCUGAGCCGGCCUCGGUCCCGCCCGGCCCGCCGCGUUGUCCGCGCCCCGGGAGGCCGCCCUCCCGCGUCCGCGCCGGCCGGGCGAGAGGCGGCGCCCGGCGCGAGGCCGCCCGCGAUGCUGCUCUCCAAGUUCGGCUCCCUGGCGCACCUCUGCGGGCCGGGCGGCGUGGACCACCUUCCGGUGAAGAUCCUGCAGCCGGCCAAGGCGGACAAGGAGAGCUUCGAGAAGCUGUACCAGGUGGGCGCCGUCCUGGGCAGCGGCGGCUUCGGCACGGUCUACGCGGGCAGCCGCGUCGCCGACGGGCUCCCGGUGGCGGUGAAACACGUGGUGAAGGAGCGGGUGACGGAGUGGGGCACCCUCGGCGGCGCGGCCGUGCCCCUGGAGGUGGUGCUGCUGCGCAGGGUGGGCGCGGCGGGCGGCGCGCGCGGCGUCAUCCGCCUGCUGGACUGGUUCGAGCGACCCGACGGCUUCCUGCUGGUGCUGGAGCGGCCCGAGCCCGCGCAGGACCUCUUCGACUUCAUCACGGAGCGCGGCGCCCUGGACGAGCCCCUGGCGCGCCGCUUCUUCGCGCAGGUGCUGGCGGCCGUGCGCCACUGCCACGGCUGUGGCGUGGUGCACCGCGACAUCAAGGACGAGAACCUGCUGGUGGACCUGCGCGCCGGCGAGCUCAAGCUCAUUGACUUCGGCUCGGGCGCGCUGCUCAAGGACACGGUCUACACCGACUUCGACGGCACCAGAGUAUACAGCCCCCCGGAGUGGAUCCGCUACCACCGCUACCACGGGCGCUCGGCCACCGUGUGGUCCCUGGGGGUCUUGCUGUAUGACAUGGUCUGCGGAGACGUCCCCUUUGAGCAGGACGAGGAGAUCCUGCGGGGCCGCCUGCUCUUCCGAAGGCGGCUCUCCCCAGAGUGCCAGCAGCUCAUUGAAUGGUGUCUUUCCCUGCGGCCCUCCGAGAGGCCCUCACUGGACCAGAUUGCUGCCCACCCCUGGAUGCUGGGGGCGGAAGGAAGUGUCUUUCAGAGCUGUGACCUCCGGCUCUGCGCCCUGGACGCUGAUGAUGGGGCUAGCACCACAUCCAGCAGUGAGAGCUUGUGAGAGGGGCCCGACUCCCCCUGACUUGGGAUGCCUCCUGCAGAAGCAGUGAUCUUUGACCCAUGGUGACCUUUGCCCUUGGCACCGGGCCUGUCUCCUUAGCUUUGAGUGCCUUUUUGAACGCUGCUCCAUGGGACUGGGUUUCCUUGAGCUCUUCUGUCCAAAGACCGCUCCGGGUGAAGCGAGGUCCUGCCUGCCCUGGGUGGAUACUUGAACCGGAGACCUCUCCCACCCCGCUGCCGGGACCUGGGGCGGCCUUCCUGUCAGGCCCAGAGCUCGCCCACCCACCACCCUCCAGUCUCAUGGUGUUCGUCUGGGCUGUCCAUGCACAAGCAAUGCAACAGCCGGGCCGAGCUGCCCGCCUGCCUCCCUGCGCACUCGAUCUGUGUCUGUACCAGCGUCUGCGUCUGUUAUUUAUGAUGUGACCCCCCACCCCGCAGGGCACCCCUGUCCUGCUGGGGGCUAUUUAUUGCUUAAUUUAUUUGCCGAGGUUACUUCCUCUGAACGGGGGUCUUCUCCAGGCCCCUGGGGGUGGCUGGCUGUAGGGUUGGUACCCCGCCCUGCUUCCACCAUCUGGGAGGAAGAACUUGUACAGUGACUUAAUUGAAGGGGAGUGGGUGGUUGCCACCCUGGGCACUGCACUGGGGUCUGUUUUAAAUUAUUGACCUGUACAGUCUGCUUGCUGGCUCUGGAAGCUGGGUGGGACAGAGUCUCAAGCCCUUAAUUUAUUUUAGCAGCUGUGUUUGACCCGGUGUGAUUAGGCACCGGGGUGGGGUUCUUUCAGUUCAAAAGUGUGAGAUGUCUGAAGAUCAUAUUUUUUAUACAAGCAUUUCAAUUACACUUCUUCUUUUGUACGUAA